AUGUUCGUCUGCGCGAUGAUCAGUGCUGAUGGUUUUCAUUGCUUCAAUAGUGGGGACAUAUCGGUCUCAUGUUCAUCAUUUACCUCUUCGUUCCCGAGUCGCCUGCUUGGUGCGCUACCCAUGAUCAUCGCGAGAGGGGAAAGCGAUUGUUGCAAAAGAUCUACGGUGGCAACGCAGGGUACGAUGCGGAUCGACAGUACGAGAUCUUGUACCAGACGGUACAUGUACCAGACGGUACAACACGAAAAACAGCUGGCCAUCGAGAACAAGAGACAGAGUUGGUGGAACAUCUUCCGAGGCGUGGAUGGGUUGCGAACCAUCAUCAGCAUGUUCGCUUUGCUGUCUCAACAAUUCCUUGGACUAUCUCUGUUCUACACAUACAGUUCCUAUUUCUUCAGUAUCGCGGGACUUGAAGAUCCGUUCCAGGCUACCGUCAUCACCAACGCUGUCCAACUGGCUAUCAUCCUCUUGGUCGUCGCUUCGGUCGACAAGUUGGGCCGAAGGAACAUCUGUUGCAGUGGUUUGACGAUCCUUUGGUUCUCGAACGUCGCGGUCGGUAUCCUCGGACUCGUUGAAACUAACAAAGCGACAUCAAGUCUUUUGGUCACUUUCUCCUGUAUUUGGGUCGUCGGCUUGCAAAUGUCGGGCUCGACGGGUUGGGGUUAUGUUGGAGAGACUUCGGCUCAACGUCUUCGUGCUUAUACCGCUGGGUUCUCGGCUGCCAUCUCCGUUGUAGCGGGUAUCGUUAUGAGCGUACUAGUCCCGUACAUGCUCAACGAAAACGAGUGGAACUGGAAUCUUAAGACCGCUUGGUUCUACGCGGGUGUGGGUCUGCCCUUCGUCAUCGCAUCCUGGUUCUUGAUUCCGGAGACGGCCAGGCGGAGUGCUGCUGAGCUGGACGAGUUGUUCGAAGCCAAGGUCAAACCUUGGAGGUUCCACAAGACCGAAACGUCGACACAGAAAGCCUACAAGGCCCAGCACGCUACGGACGAUUCUUGAUUGGCCGACGCGAAGCUACCUACCGGUGGUUAUUCGUUCGGGCGAGCCUGCAGACCGACACAGCUACCAGCAAGCGCAAGGUAGUCUUUGAGUUGGCAUUACCAUCACUGCACGAAUUUGUAGUUGUACGAAUAAUAGGGUCCGCUUAA